GGAAUAACAGCAUACGUACAAACAACUCGAUCAUUACCGAAUGAAGUGCGAUAAAGUGUGGCUUCAUGUUACUAAGCUUGUUUACGGUUUUAUUUAUAUUAUUUGAUGCCGUAGCGUGUGAUCAAUGUGAUCGUUUACACACUAAAUAUAAAGGCCCAGUAUCUGGAGUGAGGUACCAGGGGGAGGAAUAUGAUGUAGUGGUCCAGGGAGGAGGCGGAGCGGCGAAGGCGGAGGCUGCUCUUUUGCUUGCUAUCAUUCGACAUGUGCAUCGCUAUACCGCUCGCUUGGACCCCACAGAAGCGUAUUUCUGUAAUGUAACCCAAAUUCAAUCUUCACCUGUAGUAUUGACCACAGCUGCCAUUAUGAAUAAAUAUGGUUGCGGGAAUGAAAACAGACAGAUCGAUCCUGUGGCGAGUUUCAAUGCGCCAGUCGCAGCUGAAGUCAAUCUUCGUUUUAUGGCACGCGUUCAUUCUGAUCAUUGUAAAAAUAGAAUUACAUGGCAAUUUCUUCAAACUGACGCUGUUAAAGAUUGUGGAUUUUACAUCAAGCAGAAUAGCCAUUGUCAAAUUGAUGACGUCUACAAUAUGACUCGUUCCCUAGCAAUAAUCGCGAGAAAUGAAACAAUUCACGACAAACUCGCUUUAUUUGAAUUCGAGAAACGAGUAACUGCAUCAAAACUGCCCCUAGAGUUUGUGAUAUACAAUAAUGAUACAAGUUUUCGUCGCAUGUUGUACCAGCUACUUCAAUCUAACAAAACAUUUUUAUUCAUCGAUGAGAAUAUUUGGUCUGGCAUUCCUGAUAUUUUUGUAAUAGACAUCCCACCAAUACCAGAAACAAAUUGUGUUACAUGUGUCUCGGAUGCCCUUUAUUCGAUCAAUGCAGUUCGCACCGGAGAUGGUUUGAUAGUAAAGAAAUUUGCACCUCAUAUUUAUAAAACUUUUACUACCUUUUCUCCUAAAAUAAACGUCGUAAGAAAUAUACUACAAUAUGAAGCUAAUGCAAAUGUAAAAGAUGUGGAAGAAGCUGCCUGUUUAUGGGCGAAUGAAAACACAGAAGAAUUUGAGAAAUUAUAUCAAAAAUCGAAAAAAAAUCUUCAUACUAUUGUAAUAUUUUUAUGUGCUGAUGAUCCAUAUAAUAAAUACUACGAGAUAGCAAUAAAUAGCAUGUUCUUAAGAAUUCAGAAUGAGAUAAAAGAUUUUUCAAUUGCUUUCAAUGAAACCUUAAUAAAUUGUACGAAUCAAAAUGAUCUCAAUUGGGGAAUGCAUUAUCUUUACCAACUUGAUCACGUUGCAGGAGCUAUAGCAUGGAGUUGGAAUGUAGCUAUUCCAAUCGCCUCAAAUACUGCUAAAUAUGCAGAUUUUCCUCUCAUGCUUGCUGGCCCAGCUGUUGAUACAUACAUUGGAAAUGCGACAUACGCAACCUCAGGCCGUUUUUCACAUCUGGCUAAAGGAUAUCAUUACUUUUUAUCUAAAUGUGAUUGGAAUCGAGUAGCAAUUAUUUCGGAUGACACAGUAUAUUCAAAAGAUUUUCUCCAAGAAAUAUUAACUAUUGGGAACUUAAGCACUAAAAUCAUUUAUCUUAAUCAAAAAAAUUUUUCUACUAAUCUCGUGAAAUUGAAGUAUGAUGGUGCACGUAUAUUCAUUGUAAAUACCUGUUGCCAAUUGGCAAAUAAUAUUUUAGCACAAGGGAGAAAUUUAUUUUCACCUAUCGAAAAUUAUGUCUGGAUUGUGCGUGAUUGGUGUAUUUUAGAUAAAAAUAAGAGUAUUGAGGAACUGGUGUUUUAUACAAUAGACUUUGCAUGGCGUGGUGGAAAGCCGUGGGGUGGUUCUCAAAAAUUGCGAAAUGAUAUCUCUAAUAAGACUGAUUUAUGGGCAGGGGAUACUGUUAAAGUACCUGGCACUUCAUACUUGUAUGACGCCAUACUACAGCUUGCUCAUGGAUUUGCUGCAUACCUUACCAUGAAUCCUUCUUAUCGGUAUGAUCUUCACGGAAAAGGGGCUAUAAUGAAAUUUGACAAAGCCAUGAAUUCAUUGAACCUAUCAGGAGUAGCCCAAUUUGUUCAGGUGAACAAUAACUCUCUCAACAAUCCGGUGAUAUUCGUGGAGAAAUGGAAAGGAAGUGAACGCCGGACGAUGGCCAUUUUGCAAAUUCUAAAUAAGUCAGUAGUUGAAUUAUGGCAAUUGAAUAAGAUACAAGACACAUGUCACGCGCUAUUAGAUGCUGAAAGAGUGCCAGAUAAAAAAAUAUGCGUAAUUCGCAGCGGCGAUGACUUUGCACCUCGGUGCCACGACGUUCCCAUAUUAGUGUUUGGUAUAUCAUUAAUAUUAACAUGUUGUGCCUUAUUUAUUGCGCAAAAAAUUAGACGAGACCGCCUUUUAGCCUAUAAUAAAUCUGUACUUAUUGAUAUUUUGGAAACUCGCCAUAAAAACGCUUCAUCCCUAGCAGCAUUUUUAGUAGACCGUGGUUCAGUUAAAUUGUUACAUGAGAUCGGGUCUGGUUAUUUCGGCCGCGUGUAUUUUGCGGAGUUAAGUCAACCAGGCCACGGAACACAAGUAGUGGCGGCAAAAGAGCCCCAUGAAGAUAUUACACCACUGGAAGAGAAUGAAUUUAUUGGUGAAGCUUGCGUUCUAGCUCGUUUACACCACACUAACGUCAUUAAGCUCAUGGGUGUCUGUCUUGCUAACGGGUCACCUCUCAUGCUUAUGGAGCAUGCCUUGUAUUUGGAUCUGAUUCGAUUUUUAACGGAGAGAAGACAUUUAGCUGUUAAAGCUAGAGAAGAAUUAUCGCAUGCUGAAGAUUUAGAGGUCUCUGAUGUAAAUUUAACAAAAUGGGCCUUCGAAGCAACCUCUGCUUUAGAAUAUUUAUCAAUUCGGCGCAUCGUCCAUAGAGACGUACGCGCUGCUAAUUGUCUUCUUGAUAAAAAGCUUUCUUUAAAAUUGGCUGAUUUUGGUUUAGCAAGGGAAUUAGAUAAAGAGGAUCCAACAUAUAUGACAACUCGCAAAGCAUUAUUUCCAGUUCUAUGGAUGGCCCCUGAAAGUUUAGAAUGUGGUGUGUUUGGUUUAGCAUCAGAUAUCUGGGCUCUUGGGGUCUUGUUUUUGGAAAUUGCUACACUUGGGUCACGUCCAUACGGUGAUUGGCCUGCUCAUAGGGUGAUAAAAUACGUGAUAGGAGGUGGCUAUCCACCUCUACCACCCGACACUUCACUUUCAAUUCGUAAGUUACUCUACAAGUGUUGGUGUAGAGACUCAGACCACAGAAUUACUGCAUCAGAAAUACGAGAACAAUUAUUACAGGAUCCGAAACUUAUAUCGCCAGCUUUGCUGUUGCCAGAACUGCCACUUGUUCCUCCAAUACAAAAUAUGAAUUUUAAUUUCAUAACGUGACGAUGCCUUAA